AACGUCUGUUCCAUAAAUGUUUAGAUGCAUCGAUUGCGACACACAGAUGGCAGCACGCACCCAUAACGUCAUUAGAAAAUAAUCCCGAAGCUUCCGGAACUUUCUGUGAAGUUAUAAAUACCUCUGAAAUCAAGGUCACGUCAUCGAUUGUUUGUAAACAGUGUUGCAAGUGAAACGUGCGACAGUUGUCAAACGCUGUAUUUGUUCACACGUCUUAUAUUUUCUGCGUUGUCGAUUAUAAGCUGUGAAUACGAUGCCUGGUGGUGUAGUUCCGGCGAUUGGAAUUGACUUGGGAACGACCUAUUCAUGUGUUGGUGUUUUUCAACACGGACACGUGGAAAUUAUCGCUAAUGAUCAAGGGAAUAGAACAACGCCUAGUUAUGUGGCUUUCACAGACACUGAGAGACUUAUAGGAGAUCCAGCAAAAGCACAAGUUGCCUUGAAUCCUGAAAAUACUGUUUUCGAUGCCAAGAGGUUGAUUGGCCGGAAAUUCAACGAUCCGAAAAUCCAAGCUGAUCUGAAGAAUUGGCCUUUCAAAGUUAUUGAAGAAGGAAGCAAACCGAAGAUAAUCGUGGAGUUUAAAGGAGAACAAAAAGUCUUCAACCCUGAGGAGAUAAGUGCCAUGGUUCUCACCAAGAUGAAAGAAACUGCAGAAAUGUAUCUAGGACAGAAAGUGAAGGAUGCUGUGAUAACUGUUCCAGCUUAUUUCAAUGACUCCCAAAGACAAGCCACUAAAGAUGCAGGAAAAAUAGCUGGUCUGAACGUAAUUAGAAUAAUUAAUGAGCCAACUGCAGCUGCUUUAGCGUAUGGCUUGGACAAAAAUUUGAAAGGUGAGAAAAAUAUUUUAAUUUUUGAUCUUGGUGGUGGAACUUUUGAUGUUUCUGUACUGUGUAUAGAUGAAGGCUCUCUUUUUGAAGUAAAAGCUACAUCAGGUGACACACAUUUAGGAGGUGAAGAUUUCGAUAAUAGAAUGGUAGCUCAUUUUGUUGAGGAAUUCAAGCGAAAGUUUAAGAAAGAUUUAAGAUCUAGUCCAAGAGCUCUCCGAAGACUAAGAACAGCUUGUGAACGUGCCAAGAGAACACUUUCAAGCAGUACCGAAGCCAGCAUCGAAAUAGAUGCUUUGUUUGAAGGAAUUGAUUUCUAUUCUAAAAUAUCUCGAGCUAGAUUUGAAGAACUGUGUAUAGAUCUCUUCCGGAGCACGUUAGAGCCAGUUGAGAAAGCCUUGAAAGAUGCUAAACUUGAUAAGGGUGCUAUUAAUGAAGUGGUCCUUGUUGGUGGUUCUACACGUAUUCCUAAAAUCCAAAAACUGCUGAAAGACUUUUUCAAUGGAAAAGAGCUUUGCAUGUCAAUUAAUCCAGAUGAAGCAGUUGCAUAUGGUGCAGCAGUACAAGCAGCUGUCCUCAGUGGAGAUAAAAGUGAUAACAUCAAAGAUGUCCUUUUAGUUGAUGUGACUCCAUUGUCGUUGGGCAUAGAGACUGCAGGAGGAGUAAUGUCAAAAAUCAUUGAAAGAAACUCGCGUAUUCCAUGCAAAACCUCACAGAUAUUUACUACAUAUUCAGACAAUCAACCAGGUGUGGAUAUACAAGUGUAUGAAGGUGAACGUGCUAUGACGAAAGACAAUCAUCUUCUAGGACGAUUCCAGUUGACAGGCAUUCCUCCAGCACCAAGAGGAGUUCCGCAGAUUGAAGUAACAUUUAACUUAGAUGCCAAUGGAAUUCUUCAGGUGUCAGCUAUGGACAAGAGCUCUGGCAAUGUAAGAAGUAUUACAAUUACUAAUGAUAAAGGCAGGCUUUCUAAAGAUGAAAUCGAAAGGAUGUUGGCAGAAGCUAAGGAAUACGAGAAAGAAGAUAAAGCUCAGAAGGAAAAAGUUGCUGCAAGAAAUACCUUGGAAUCUUAUAUUUACUCAGUAAAGCAAGCUGCAGAAUCAGCUCCAGAAGGAAGAUUAAGUGCAUCGGAUAAAGCAAAAGUCAAAGAAUAUUGUGAAGGUAUAAUACAGUGGUUAGAUUUAAAUACAUUAGCCGAUAAGGAUGAACUUGACCAUAAAUUGCAAGAAGCGCAACGGGAAUUAUCUCCCCUGAUGACCAAAAUACAUCAAGGGGCAGCUGGUAAUACUGGUAAUGUUCCUAAUUCAGGCCCAACAGUCGAAGAAGUCGAUUAGGUAAGAAAUUUAAGACUUUAAAAUACGGGUUAGCUAAAUAUGUUUAUAUUUACUAAGUGAACAUAAAAGAACUAAACAUAUAUUUGGUAUUAAAUUGUUUGUAAUAUAAGUAGCUGUUUUACAAAAAUUUACUGUUCAUUUGUUGAAAUUAUGUAAAAAGAGAUUAUUUAUAUUCAUGUUAAAUUUUUUAAUGAAAGAACUGUGAUAUAUUUGGUUUUGCUUGCUAUUUCAAAUAAUGUUUAAAAAAAUUAUUUAUAUUCAUGUUAAAUUUUUGAAUGAAAGAACUGUGAUAUAUUUGGUUUUGCUUGUUAUUUCAAAUAAAGUUAAAAAAA